AUGCAUGCCGGUUCGUUGGUGCCGAGCCUAGAACCGAAACCACCCCGUACAGUGCAGCUCAAGCCUGACGCUGCUCCAGUUACUACCCGACUGCCUCCCGACCCUGACCCAGAGGAAGGCUGGCAGGCUGUGCGCCGUGGGCGCAAACCGAAACCUGCGCGUGACACUGCGCUCACUGCGGGCCCUGCGCCCGUGAGCAGUCCAAGCCCGCAAAAGCAAGUGUCUGUGCCCAACAAUGGCCCCAGACCUGCCUUGAACCUGGACCUCAGUGCUUGGUCUUCUCCCAAGACCAUUCUGCCGUUUCAGACUGUGCUUGACGCCCUUCAGGCAGGCAAGCUUCCCCAGGGCUCGGCUACGGUUGUUAACAGUGCCGCAGGCGUGGAUAAGCUCCAAUCGCUUGCUCAGGCUCAUGGCCUUGACGGCAAGUUUGCUUUGUUACUCAAGGCACCUGACUCUGGUCAGAAGCCCGAGCAUGCCAAGUCACUGAAAUUUGCGUGUUGGGUGAGCAACCGCCGGGAGUUGACCAGCUGCUGGGCCAUCCCGCUGUGUGGGGAUCAGCUCCCUGCCCUCCCUCAGGCCAUGCCGCGUACCACUUCUUUCUGCCCCCAAGAUCGCGAUUUGGUCACCCUCCGAAUCACUGUGCCCAAGCCAUGUGUUGAGGCUGCUGUGUGGCAGCAGUGGCAUGCCACACCGUGGGCUGCCCUCAAGCAGUGGGCACCAGCCUUCCACUCAGCCAACGGUUUCAAAGAAACUCGCCUCGACGACGGCACUCUCCUGCUUGAGUGUUUCUUGAAAGUCGACCGUGCUGAUGUCGACAAAGUCCUUGCUAAAAACGGCCAGGAUGCUGUGUUUGCUGCCCGCCUGGCAAGCGAACAGGGUCGCAAAUUGCCGGUUGAGUGGAUUAGCACACAAUCAGGUGAAGAUGACCGCGCUUACUUCACCAGAGUGCGUAAGCAAGCUACUCAAGCGAAAGCUGGCAUCGCCUUCCGUCGAGGCGGUGGUGCUUAUCUAGGUUUGCGACAUGAGGCCUCUGCUGCAAAGCCAACGUUGCACGCUUGGGAAGUUGCUAAGGUGCCCUGGACUUGGACUGAGGAGGACCUGACUCAAUGUCUCCAGGGUGCUGGAUGUUCGGAUAUCGCCAUCCUGCGUCGCGGUGGAGGGCGUAAGAAAUGGGUCGUCAAGUGCAUUUUCCCAGAUGCCGAUGUUGGAGCCAUCACUGAAAUCCUCGCAGGGAAGACCUGCCUGGUGCUCACCAGGGCCCAAAGUCGCGCGCAUGUCGGUACCUCUACUCCGUUGAAAGCCCAUGCUGCUGCCGAACUCCGCGCGCCCACCACCCGUCCAGGUAAGAAAGACAAGUCCUCCAGUGCUCUCUGCGAGGAAAUCGAUUGUGGGGCGAACUUGAUGUACGCUCCCGCACUUUGCGUUCUGAGAUCUUUACUUGGAUUGGGCGGCAUCGUAAAGAUGUUGAGCCGCUGUGGGAGCAAGAUGGCAAGGCCCCGCAAAUGGAUUGAUGCGUUAUGCCUUUAUGCCGCUUCCCGUAGACUUCGACUCCGCAUAGUUGUUGUCAUGGGGACAAAGGACGAGGUCAAAACUGGCCGUGGUGCCGUCACUGCUUUUGGCAGCCUGUCGGGCACACCCGUUUACCUUGCUUUGCGCAGUCAGCACUACACGCUCCUGCGCUUCGACAACAGUGAUGAUGUGCCGCGUGAGUGGGCCAAUGCCAAAGAGGAUCUAGGCACACUUCACCAGUUGCUUGAGGACAUGCCAGUCUGUCGGGCGCUCAAGCUCGUACCCAGGCUACUGCUUCUGCUUCGCCUGGCACGGGCGUCUGAUGCCAUCCCUGCGGAGCAAAGAGUGUGGGAGUGCCGCCUCUGCCACAAGGGCUUGCCCGCAUGCCCGUCCAAGCAUGUCCGCGAUCUCAGUGUCUCGGCACACUUGGCGGUAUGCUGUCCUGGAGGCAAAGGUAAGAAGUACUAUGCCCCUCGCGAUGAUAACCGUCUUCUUGAAGCCUCCCGAAAGGGUGUCGAUGCCAUGACUGCCAGGCGCCACAAGCUCUUUCAGGAAUACAAAAGCACUAGCACGCAUGCCCUGAAGCUUGUUGCCUCGCACAUCUAUUGCUCGCGGUGCUAUGGGCGGUGGUCAAGCAUUAAUGAGCUUUCUCGAAGCACUGAGGAUUGCUGCGGCUUCUUGAACUACGACCGACGAUGGCGACUCUGGAGCACCUUGCGCAAGAACCCCUCUGCUUUGAAGCGUUUCUUGCAUGCCACAGGCAUCAAAUGUGCGCAGAUUGAUGCCCUGGAAGCCCGCAUGCAGGGGCGACGCGGCAAAGGGGCCCUCAGCCGCAUCACGCCACUGCAGCGUACCCGUUGGUAUCGCGAUCUUUGCGCCGAAGGCAUUGAACCCAAUCCCGGCAUUGAACCCAAUCCAGGGCCAGAUGCUUCACGCCAGCUCUCCUUGCUCACCUUGAAUGUGGCGGAUAGCGCGAAUGCUUUCGAAGCUGCCAAAGUUUGUAUGCUCGCUAAAGUCCAUGUCAUUGCCCUUCAAGAGGUGUGCUUCUCCAAUCAGCAAGCCCAGACCUUUGUGUCUCAAGCCAGCCGCUUAGGAUAUCAUGCUUUCCACGUGUCGGGCGCCACCACAAGGUCUCGCCGUGGUUAUGAUGUUCAUUCGGGCGGCGUCGCUGUCCUUGUGCGGCACAGCAUAAAGGUCCAGCCGGUGCGCUCUUGGCAAGGGGUCGCCGGGCAGUUUGUUGCUUUAGACUUUGGCUCCUUCUUCAUGGUGGCCGUCUACCGCAGACCGGAUGAUGACAGUGUCAGUGACAUGACCCAAGCUCUGUGCGAAACGCUCUGGGCGCGUCGUGCCCGCCAACCUUGGAUUCUUCUCGGUGACUUCAACUGGACACCGGAAGAAAAUGAGUGGCUUGAGCUGCUUGAAGAUGAGUCCGCCGCCGUUGCUGGUCCCUGGGACCAUAGCUGCGCGAGAUGGUUUGCCACCAGAUGGGAGGGCCACCGCUGCAUCGACUAUGGUAUCACCAACUUGACCCACCGAUGCAAUGUUGUGCGUGAGCUCACUAGUUGGGGUGACCACAUUCCCAUCCGCAUUGCUCUUGACCUUGCUAGCGAUGCUGCAAACACUGAUCGUCUGCAGCCCACUGCCUGCUACACCUGCCCACAGGGCGUGACUGUCGGUGCGUGGCGGCUCGCUUUGGGCGCUGCGUGGGAGGAAGUGUGGCGCUCUCAUCCUGAUGCAGCGAAAGCCGCAUCUUUCACACCCUUGUGGAAGCUGCCCUGUGACUUCCAGUCAUUCGCGAUGCGCAAACUUCGGCCCUGCUCCUUCGCAGACGUGCCGCUCGGCAUGAGGGCUUUGCAGCGCCUAAACCAGUGGAAAGAGAGUCUUCGUGCUUCCGACAGCUCGGUGCGGAAGUGGGUGCGGCGCAGCAACAAGCCGGCGCCUGCCUUUGUUUCGCUUGACGGCGACGAGAAGUCCGACCUGAUGACGCUAUCCGUGCUUGGAGUGCCGAGCAUGCCCGGCAUCGUGCUCAUGCGCCUCAACUCGGCUGGCAGCCGAUCACUGCUAGUGAGCUUCAACAGCAAGCUUGUGCUUCUGGUGGCAAAGCUGCCGGCCCUGAUGGCUGGAGCGGUGAUGAGAUCCAGCACUGGUCGCUCCCCAUGUGGCGGACUUACGCUGACCUUUGGAACAGAUGGAUUCACCACCGCAGCUAUCCGUCAGAGUGGCAAUACUAUCUGCAGGUAUGCCUGCGGAAAUGGUCGACUUGUGCAGGUUUCAGUGGAGCCAACAGCACAGAUGGGAGAUGCCAUCUCCCCUAUGGCGCUUAACGCCAUCUUAUGGGCCCCCAUCCAAGCCUACUGCCGCGAGGAACCCGCGGCGACUGCGGUUACCUACUUGGACGAUCGCAACGUGGUGGUCCAUGACCACGCUCAGCUCGUUCGCACCCUCCAGUUCUGGAUGCGCUGGGCUGGCAGGUUGGGCCUUGAAGAGAAUGUUGGGAAACAGAAAUUCCUCCCUCGGGGUUCUGCGGCUGCUCAGGAAGUCGGCCAAUCUAGGACUGUUGCAGUUGUGCACACACUUCGCAUUUUGGGAGUUGAUUUUCGCACCCGCAUUGAUGGCAAAAACAGGCCCACCUACCAAGACCGCCUGAACGAAGCCCGCCAGCGCCUUGGCCGCAUCGGCUGCCUGCCUGUCUCGUUUCUGGCCAAGUGCCAGUUCCUUCGACAGCUUGUCCUUCCUGUGGCAGUUUGGGGCACAUGGUUUGUUCAUGGCGCAGCCGGCACUUGGAAACAGCUCCAGCAGCGCCUCCUGGGCGUCUUGUAUGGAGGCAGGUCCCCUGCUUCGCCCGACCUGCGUGCUUUGAUGCAGGGCCAUAGCUUGGAUUUCCAAUUCAUGGCCGAUUACCAGACCAUCUCCAUGUGGGCCAAGCUCGUUCAGCUUGGCCGCGCUCGCUGGCAGCCCGGCGCCAUGAGAGGAACUUGGCAGUAUGCCGUUGCUGCCCGCCUUAAAAGCAUGGGCUGGCAUUUGCAGCUUGACGGCUCAUGGACUCAUCAGGCCAUUCCCAGACGAUGCAUCACUUGGGCUAGGAACCUGCAGACCGAGCGCAUCAAGCACUUACUCCGGGAAGCAUGGCGGUUUGAACGCUUUGAAGCGUGGAAAGCCUCGAGCAGACUGGAUGCUGUGGCUGCGGCUAACCCGACGUUCCAAGCAGCUCGAGUCAAGCAGGCUUGGCAGCUGUGGAAUGCCACCUGUGCUCAUGGCCGUGCAGUACUCACCAGUGUGCUCAUGGCCGUGCAGUACUCACCGCUGCAGUACCUGGCGACGGCAUGCAGCGUAGGUUUUCCCCUGUUUGGGCCUGUCCCUCCCUUUGAUUGGUGCUGCGAUCAAAUCUUUCGGAAAAUGGACAUCGAGUGGUCAGACUUUACAUUUUGUGGAGUCCACCACUUUCAGGAUGAAAACGGCCAGGUUCACCUAGAUCAAAUCAAGUUCUUGGCAGCAUGCAAAACGAUUGCUGUGCCGGCAGCAGUCAGCGGCCGCUCAGACGAGCCGUUGGGUGAGCGCGAACAGAAGCUGUCCCUUAGCCUGUUGAUGACCGUGGCUUACGGCCUCCUCACGAGGCCCGACCUCGCAGUCUUUGUGUGUGCACUGCAACGCGAGUCCCACAAGGCAAAGGUCAUUCACAUGAAAAGGUUGAAUGUGCUUUUGAAGUGUGCACAGGACAAUCCACGCAAGCUUGUGUAUCCAAAGAUGCAAUAUCCUGACACUCUUCUUCAGAUUUCAGAUGCAUCCUUCAAAGCACGUGCCGAAGAUGGACUAUCCGUGAGAGGAUUGGUGAGUUUGCGUGUGGUGUCCACCGGCGUGAGGGAAGGCCACCGUGCAACGACAUGUCACUUAUUUGACUUUGUCAGCAAGGCGCAACGUCACGUGACUCGCAGUACAUUUAGCUCAGAGCUUUUCUCGGCUACUGACGCCAUCGACAUUGGCUUACUCCAUUCAAUCCUCUUGCAUGAGGUCAAGCAAGGUCCAAUCACUGCUGAGCAAGCUAGAGGUAUGAUUGAGGGUAGUGUCGAGAGUGCUGUGGACGUCGACCUGGUCUUGGAUGCCAAAUCCGUGACAGCAGCUGCCACAGCUGCAAAUGUGAAAGUUCCAGCAGAGCCAUCUUUACUGCUUCAUGUCAUGUGGUUGAGGAGCCUUUUGAGCUCCGGUCGCCUACGAACAUUGUACUGGGCAGAUACACGCUCCAUGGUGGCAGACGCUCUGACGAAGGGAAGCGUUUCUCGAGAACUCAUUCAUGCCGCGAUGGGUGGUUCAUUGAUUAUGGCGCAACCGUAUGUCGAGCAGAAGCUGUCAUGA